AUGUCAGGCCCCGGGCCGCGGGAGCCGUCGCCUGAGGCGGGCGCGGCGGGCGCGGCGGGCGGCGACGUGGGCCCCGAGGACGCGGGCGGCGGGGACGCGGCGCUGGGCGAGUCGGGGCUGAGCUUCACGACCACCGACCUGAGCCUGGUGGAGAUGACGGAGGUGGAGUACACGCAGCUGCAGCACAUCCUCUACUCGCACAUGGAGGCGGCCGACGGCGAGCUCGAGGCGCGCCUCGGCUCUGCGCUGCUGGGCGGCCCAGGCGCAGGCGCGGCAGGCGCGCAGUCCUCCGCGCCGCCUGGGUACCCGGUGCUGUGCCCGCCACUGGCGGCCGACGCCCCCUGCCUGGGUCACGUUGACUUGCAGGAGCUGCGCAUGAUGCUGCUCGGCGAGGCGGGCGCGGCCGAGAAGAUGCCAGGCGGCUUGGACGGGGGGCGGGCGCGGGCUCGGACGGAGGGCGGCGCGGCCAAGGAGGGCGCGGGCGCCGCGGGGCCCGAGGGCGCGCCCGAGGCCCGGGCCAAGCCCGCCGUGCGCGUCCGCCUGGAGGACCGCUUCAGCAGCAUCCCGGCCGAGCCCCCCGAGCCCGGCGUGGCGCUCAACAAUUUGGUAACUCUUAUUCGACAUCCAUCUGAAUUAAUGAAUGUUCCUCUUCAUCAACAACAAAACAAAUGUACAACAUUAGUGAAAAAUAAAACUACUGCUGCGACCCCUGCUUUGCAGUUCACCUACCCACUGUUCACAAGUUCGUGCUCUACUGGUGGAAAUUCUAGCCUUUCACAGACACAGAGUUCUAGUAAUUCAUCUAAUGUACUUGAAGCUGCCAAGCACCAGGACAUCGGACUGCCAAGAGCAUUUUCUUUCUGUUACCAACAGGAGAUUGAAUCUACUAAACAGACUUUAGGUAGCCGAAACAAAACUUUGCCUGAGCAGGUUUGGAUUAAAGUGGGAGAAGCGCUAUGUAAGCAAGCAAUAAAUAAGAGGAAUCGGAGUAGAAUACGUCAGUUGGACACAAGUAUAGAACGAAGAGCCCUUGGAGAGAUUCAGAAUGUGGGCGAAGGCUCUACAGCCACACAGGGCACCUGGCAGUCCUCGGAGUCCUCACAGUCAAACCUGGGGGACCAGACCCAGAGCGGGCACCAGGGAGGAAGGUCUCAGCGUAGGGAGAGGCAUAACCGAAUGGAAAGAGAUAGAAGGCGCAGAAUCCGCAUUUGCUGUGAUGAGCUGAAUCUUUUAGUUCCCUUCUGCAAUGUGGAGACAGAUAAGGCAACAACCCUUCAGUGGACCACAGCGUUCCUGAAGUACAUCCAGGAAAGACAUGGGGAUUCUCUUAAAAAGUAUAACAAGGCAUCUGCUGCAGACCUGGAAGGAGCCAGCGACCGUGAACAGUGAAGGAGAUGUCGAGUCCUGCUGCUGGGUGGAAACGCUGCAGUGGGUCAAUGCAGUGACAGUGGGCUUCUGAGCCCAAGUGCUGAGAAGGAGCCUGCAUCGCAGAGCUCGGAAAGCUGCAGUUCCACGGGGCUUUGGGCAGGGGCGCCACACACCAUGACUAGGAGAGCUCUGCCUGCAGUGGUAUUGCUGGGGUUGGAGCCCGAGGUAGGCAGGCCAAGGUGUGGUGGGCCUGGGUCUCUCGCUGAGAGGCCCUGGAAGGUUUCAGGGCAGGGAGGGAUGUGACUGGACUCACAUUUUAUAGCCAUCACUUACCACUGUGGUGGCCUGCAGCAGUAGCUCUAGAGAGACGCCCUGGCUGGGGUCGGCAGAGGAAUAGCUCCCGUUGUAUUUGUGGUGCCAGAUACGAAGCUUAGUGGCCUGGUCCUUGACCAGCAGGUGGAUAGGGAGCGACAGGAUGGGGGUAUGCUCAGUGUGCCGGGCUGGAAGUGCCGAGCUUUCAGAGCUGCGGAGUUGUUGAGAAGGUGUCAUUAAAGGAGUGUGCAGCUCAGACAGAUGACUGACGUCGCGUUCAUGUUCAGGUGAGCACACGUGGUACAGGAGCACCCGUACGCCCAUCGCCGGAUCUCAGCUGUCAACAAUUACAUGUUCGCUUCACACACAUAUAAGAGGCAAUCGCAGACCUGUCUUCAUGUUGGCCUCUGACCGCAUCCUGCAAGACCUCCACCUGGAUGGCCCCAGUGCCAUGGUCAGCCCCGCGAGGGUGGUGGCAGCUAUCUUCUUUCCUCGGUUGCUCCCUCAGUAGUCACAUUUUCCCAAAUUGUUCCAAAAGUGAUCUUUGCAGCAGUUUUUUUCCAGUGCACCAUUCAGCCAGGGAUUGUGUGUUACAUUUGAUUCUGGUUUUCAGUCUUUACAUGGCAUUGGGUCAGUAGUUAUGGAAAUUAUUAUUAUUAUUAUUAUUUUUUUUUUUUGGUACCGGGGAUCAAACUCGGGUCCUUGUGCUUGUGCAGCAGGCAGCGAAACCGCUGAGCUAAAUCCCCUGCCCCGGAAAUUUUUAAUUAUGGUAUCACUUCAGGCUUACAGGAAAAUCACAAAAA